AUGGCGUCCCGGUCAGAUAUGCGGCGAUCCCGCUCAGACGAAGACCGAUCCAGAAGCCACCCAAGCAAGAAGCUCCGCGGCCGCAGCCGUGAAGCAAAUGUAUACGAUGCUGUAGCAGGCCGCAUGACUCUGCAGAACGCAGGACAGGAGAACGUCAUUCCAACGUUGCCUUCUGGCCUACACUCUUCCCGCCAUGCGAGACUGCCUCCAGAAGAUGUCCUCUUCAAACGCAAGAACGCCCCUGUCAGAUAUGUCGAAAAGGACUUCUACUGGGCAAACGACGACUUGCCAGACGCUGGGAUGCACCACCUUCCUGCUAGCGACUUGCUAAAGUCGAUCCACGGCUAUGCCAGCAAGUUUUAUGAGGCAAUGGCCGACCGCCUCGGGCCUCGCUCCGCUACGGGGUCUGGGAUGAUAGACGAGCGAAGCUUGGAUGAGACUGCCUUGCUAUCUUUUGGCAUCCUACUUGAAGAAGCCAGCCGGGAGGCUCUGGGCAAGAGAGGAGACUUGGUUCUCGUAGAGCCGUCCGAAUCGGUGGAUCCGCAAGCGGGGGCUGUGACCUUCCAGAGGGAGGAGCCGUCUGAAUCAUUACGCGAGAAUAUGCUGCCGGAGAUUGACAGAAAUUCGUCGCAGAACAAGCGACCAGCAAAGCGUAGGAAGGUGACAAGGGACGAUUCUCUCGUGGAGUCUGCAACUUGA